GAUAAACAAGUUACUCCGUAAAUCAACGGAUGCAAGUAUGCAACAAGUUUGAACACAUUACCAAGUUAAGAAGCACAGCAACCGCUGGCAAGCGCGGCUGUUGCGGCGGACUAGCCAUCACCACCACCACCUCUGUCUUCUUCCAUACAUUUCCUCGCAGUAAGAUUUUAAUAUCAUUCAAACUGAUUUUUAUAUGUUCCCUUGAUCUCGCAGAAUCACACCAAGGUAAUUUUCGAGUCCAUUUUCCUUGUAUUAGCUCAUUAAAAUUAUCUUCUUCUUCCAAAAAUGGCGAUGUCAUCAAUUUCUCGCUUUUUCACCUCCGCAUAUAGGUUAAAAAACCCACCAUUUUCGCUCAUUACAAGAAUCAAUUUUUCAACAGCAGAAGAAUUUUGUACCCACCUCAUAAAUUGCCCUCAAAACCCUGAAAAAAUCCUUGUUAAUGUUAAUGCUCAAUUAGAUGUUCAAUGUGUUACUGCGGUGUUGCGUAGAUUUUCCUUAAAUCAGCCCCAAUUAGGUCUUCGUUUUUUCAUAUGGGCUGGUUUACAGCCUAAGUAUAGGCAUACUCAAUAUAUGUAUAACUUAGCUUGUAAGUUGCUCGAAAUUCGUCGAAACCCGGAUAGGAUUAGAGAGAUUAUUGAGUGUUAUGGGGUUGAAGGGUGUCAAACUAAUGUGAAAUUGUUUAAAGUUGUUCUUAAUUUGUGUAGAGAAGCUAGGAGUGCUGAUGAGGGUUUUUGGGUAUUGAGAAAGAUGGGUGAUUUUGGUUGUCAGCCGGAUUCAACGAUGUACAAUGUGGUUAUUGGGUUGUUUUGUGAAAGGGGGGAUCUUGAUAGGGCAAUGGGGUUGAUGAGAGAGUUGGAAUCAUGUGAUUUGUGUCCUGAUAUGAUUACCUAUAUGUCAAUGCUAAAGGGGUUUUGUUUUGCUGGGAGAUUGGAGGAUGCUUGUCAGUUGUUCAAGACUAUGAAAAGUCAUGGAUGUGUUCCGAAUUUGGUGGCAUACUCUGCACUCUUUGAUGGACUUUGCAGAGCUGGUAGUUUCGAGAGAGCGUUGGAGUUGUUGGGUGAGAUGGAGAAAGAAGGCGGGGAGUGUACACCGAAUGUCAUUACUUAUACAUCAAUUAUCCAGACUUUGUGUGAAAAUGGCAAGUCAGUUGAGGCAUUGUCGCUAUUGGAGCGUAUGGAGAGUUUUAAGUGCCAUCCUAACAGGAUUACUAUGAGUGUGCUAAUCCAAGGUCUUUGUCGUGAAGGGUAUAUUGACAAGGCAUUUAAACUUGUUAAUGAUGUAGUUGUUGGAGGUCAAGUCUCGAAAGAUGAGUGCUAUAGUUCUCUUGUGAUCUCCUUGUUAUGGAUCCAAAGAUUUGAGGAGGCAGAGAAGCUUUUCAGGUGGAUGUUAGGAAGUGCUGUGAGGCCUGAUGGGUUUGCAUGUACUGUCUUGUUGAAGGAUUUGUGUUUAAAAGGAAGAUUUUUUGAAGCAUUUGGUCUAUGUGAGGAUGUUCUGAAGAAGGGCUUUGUACUAACAAUUGAUUCUGAUAUAUACUCAGCCCUACUUCUUGGUCUUUGUCAGGAAAACCGUGUGGAAGAGGUAGGAAAACUGGCCAAUUAUAUGGUUGAGAAAGGGGUAACAAUCAAUACCUCUUACAUUGAUAACAUUCACAAGCACCUCAAAGGAUCAAUUGAGAUGGCGGGCUCGAUAAGGUUCACAGGAUGGUCAACACCAGAAGCUUGAAGGAGGUAAUUUGGCUUUAGAAAGAAGUAUGCAUUAUGGUAUUGAAAUUAGAGUGAUCAGGGGUCUUAAAUAUGAGGGUAGUCUUACUACUAAAAUUUAUGUUUAUGAUGGUUUAUAUAAAGUUGUUGAGUCUUGGUUUGAUGUUGGUAGAUCUGGUUAUGGUGUGUAUAAGUUCAAGCUUUUAAGAAUUGAGGGUCAACCUGAAAUGGGUAGUACCCUAUUGAAAUUGGCUCAAAGCUUGAGGACUAGGGCACUGCAGGUUAGGCCUGUGGGGUAAUUUUGUCUCGACCUUUCGAUGAAGAAGGAGAAUGUGCCCAUCUUUGUUUUUAAUGAUAUUGAUGCCGACAAUGACCCGUUGUACUAUGAUUAUUGCCCCACGGCAAUUUUCCCUGCUUUUGUGUAUUCAGGGGGAACUAUGGGGUGCAGUUGUAUUACUAGUUGUCAUGAUGGGUGUUUGUGUGCAAUGAAGAAUGGAGGGGAGAUUGCUUAUGAUAAUAAUGGUUUUUUGCUUAGAGGGAAACCUUUAGUAUUUGAAUGUAACAACAAUUGUGGUUGUCCUCCUAGUUGCAGAAAUCGUGUGAGCCAGAAGGGGCUGAAGCAUAGAUUGGAAGUGUUUAGGUCCAGGGAAACAGGUUGGGGAGUUCGGACUUUAGACUUGAUACAUGCUGGUGCAUUUAUCUGUGAAUAUGCCGGGCUUAUUCUUACAAGGGAGCAGGCUCAAGUUUUCUCCAUGAAUGGAGACACACUUAUAUAUCCUGGCCGGUUUACAGAAAAGUGGGCUGAAUGGGGGGAUCUAACCCAAAUAUAUCCUGGUUAUGUGACGCCAACAUAUCCGUCUAUUCCUCCAUUGGAUAUUGCCAUGGAUGUUUCCAAAAUGCGAAAUGUUGCUUGCUACAUAAGCCAUAGCACUUGUCCCAAUGUGAUGGUGCAGUUGGUGCUUUAUGAUCAUAACAACAUUUUGUUUCCUCAAUCUUAUGCUAUUUGCAAUGGAGAACAUCCCCCCGAUGCGGGAACUUAGCCUUGAUUAUGGUGUCGCUGAUGAAUACACUGGAAAGCUCUCAAUCUGCAACUAGAUUUGUUUUUUUCUCAGCUGUCCCAUCUUUGGAUGUGGUGCAGUGAAGUGCGUUGAGAAUAUGAUGCAGUAAGAUCUACGUGGGUUUUUUGGGCUUUCACAUCACACAAUUUUGUUCAAAUUUCCGGCAGUCAUCUUUUGCAAUGUAAGAUGGAAGACUUGACAUGCCAUUGGUUCACCAAGAUGAUAGUUGUUAUGUUGGAAUUUGGUUCUGCCACAAUAGGUAUACCUACCAAUUUUUAUUGAUUUGGAUGUUGUGGAGAUGCUAAAACCAGUGAUGGAAUUUUGAAGAGUUGACGGAAAUGGAGCUUCAGCAAUUAGAAUUGCUGUGCAGCUUAAUUUCUCGAUGGAGAUUGUUGCCUUUGCUGCACUACACUUCUCGAGUCAUACUUACCCCUUUCAACAGCUUGUUUCAACCUAAGCAGAAAUGUUUGUAGGCUGAUAAGCAGGAUUGUAAUUCAGUAUGUCGACUGUAUAUAUGAUGUUAAGAUUGCACAAGUGUGUGUACAGUUAGUGAUUGUGUUUAUGCUUGGGGUAGGUGGUUCGACUAAUCCCUCUGCUUGAGGGGUGCUCCAUUUUGUCUGUCAUCAGAUGUGUAGGCGCGCAGGUCCUUGUAAUUCCCGGAACUCCGGGAGGAUGUCAUGUAGUACUUUGUUUAAAAAAAAUAUAUAUAAUCCUUCUAGAUUUUAGACAUUCCCUUGUCUUGCUGUAUAUAUUUGUACAAAAAAAUGGUUAUUGUGAUCUUAGGCUAAAUGAUCCAAAAAUAUAUUUAACUUGUUUGAUGUUACAAGUUUUAUUUCAGAACAAUGGCUUUAUUUCCAUGAUUUGGAAAUAAUUCACAUUGUUUAAACCUCUAAAAAACAAGUACUCCCUCCGUCCCCGAAAGAA